CUACUGCCCUUCCCUCAGCGAGCCAAGGCUGGUGACAGCCUCUAUAUAUUUAAAGAGGACGAGAGUCCCCUUACUCAGUCGAGCUGACAGAGACCACACAGGCAGAUUGACCUUGGCUGAGAGUCUUCACCAUGCCGAACUGGGGUGGAGGUGCCAAAUGUGGAGCCUGUGAAAAGACGGUUUACCAUGCAGAAGAAAUCCAGUGCAAUGGGAGGAGUUUCCACAAGACCUGCUUCCACUGCAUGGCCUGCAGGAAGGCUCUGGACAGCACCACAGUGGCAGCUCAUGAGUCAGAGAUCUACUGUAAGGUCUGCUAUGGGCGCAGGUAUGGCCCCAAGGGGAUCGGGUUUGGACAAGGCGCUGGCUGCCUCAGCACGGACACCGGCGAGCAUCUUGGCCUGCAGUUCCAACAAUCUCCAAAGCCAGCUCGAGCAGCCACCACAAGCAACCCUUCCAAGUUCUCUGCGAAGUUUGGAGAAUCAGAGAAGUGCCCACGAUGUGGGAAGUCGGUAUACGCUGCUGAGAAGGUCAUGGGAGGUGGCAAGCCCUGGCACAAGACCUGCUUCCGCUGUGCCAUCUGUGGGAAGAGCCUUGAGUCUACAAAUGUCACCGACAAGGAUGGGGAGCUUUAUUGCAAAGUUUGCUAUGCCAAGAAUUUUGGCCCCACAGGCAUUGGGUUUGGAGGGCUUACACAGCAAGUGGAAAAGAAGGAGUGAAGCUGCCUGCUUUCUCACCAGCCCUGCCGGUCAACAGCAGUGCCGAGUGACCCCACAGAUGUAGUUUGUCCCCAACAGCCUCCUUUGUAGGCUGGACAGCAUUUCUCUUCAGAAGCAGUCAUAGGCUGCACCGGAGUAACAAAAGACCACUGGAAAUGUAAUCUGCAAUAGAUGCUUCAUUAUUUACUAAUCUUGGGGGUGGGGGAAGCAAUAAAUGUUUUAGUGGUACCAUC